AUGUCCAACUCAAACAUAUCAAUGAGACUGAGGGCCAAACAACUGCCCCAAAUGUUCAAUUCAUCCACAGCAACAGCAACAGCAACAGCAACAACAACACCCACUCCAAAUUCCAAUUCAAGUUCAAAGCCAACAGACUCUUUAUCCUCAGCAGGAGCUGAUAAUGAGAGCGCAAAUCGUCGCAGGCUUGCUUUUUAUCAUGAACUUGAUGAUUGGCAGCAGGAUAAUCACUAUAUCAAGUCUGGUUACGUUAAAGGUACCUCAUCGUAUUUGGACAGUAUAAAAUCAUUGGGAUAUCUUCACAACGAAACAGUUAAUAUAUACUCUCAUUUACUUCCAUCUAGUAUAUCAUUCUGGGCUAUUCUAUAUUACAUCAACUUUCAAUUGACAAUUUACGACAACUAUUUGGGUAUAUGGGAGAAACUCAACUUUCUUCAGUUUGGUGCUGCUUGCACAUUUUGUAUGUUUAUGUCCUCCGUUUUCCAUUGCUUGAAAUCUCAUUCCCAUAAAGUUAGUAGGUUCGGCAAUCAACUUGAUUAUUUCGGGAUUGUUAUUUUGAUUACAUGCUCCUUGAUAUCAAUAAUCCUUUUCUCGUACUAUAAUCUUCCCUUUCAGAAAUGGUUAUUUGUGGGUAUAACGUUGUUCUUUGGUACGGUGUGCACAAUAUUUACAUUACACCCAGAAUUUUCUAAAAACACGUAUAGACCAUUCAGAUCUGCCAUGUUUAUAAUGUUUGGCUUAUCGGGCGUCUUACCCAUUGCCAAUGCCGUUUAUUUGUUUGGGUUUGAAACUACAAAAGCAAGAUCGGGUUUAAUUUGGUUGAUUCUUGAAGGUGUUUUCUAUAUCUUGGGUGCAGUUUUGUAUGCUAUGAGAUUCCCUGAAAGAAUAGGGCAUCUAGACUCCAAGGAACAUAUAUUUAAACCAGGACGAUUUGAUAUAUUUGGCCAUUCCCAUCAGAUAUUCCAUGUAUUGGUGGUGGUUGCAGCAUUUUGUCACUGGAGAGCGCUCUUAGAAUGCUAUCACUAUUUACAUCAGCAUAUUUUAUAG